AUGUUGCACGGCGCCGGCUCGGCCGACGCCGCAAUCCCCCCGGUCGUGCCACGUCUCGCAUGGCGGCAGGAGCGGAGGCGCCGGAGUGCGGCGGGGAAAGACAGGCAGCAGGAGCCACUAGUGGGGGGUCAGCGUGACCCGCAGGUGGGCGGGCAGCAGGGGGCCCGGGAGAGGAGCCGGCAGCCGCCGAGCGGAGGGCAGCAGGAGCUGCCGAGCGGAGGGCAGCGGCAGCUGCCGAGUGGAGGGCAGCGGCAGCUGCAGAGCGGAGGGCAGCAGGAGCUGCAGAGCGAAGGGCAGCACGAGCUGCAGAGCGGAGGGCAGCAGCAGCUGCAGAGCGGAGGGCAGCAGCAGCUGCAGAGCGGAGGGCAGCAGCAGCUGCCGAGCGGAGGGCAGCGGGAGCUGCAGAGCGGAGGGCAGCAGCAGCUGCAGAGCGGAGGGCAGCAAGAGCCGGUUUGGGUGUUGGAUGUGGAGAUGGCGGACGAGGCUUGCACCGAUGAGCUGGAAUCAAGCCCCAUGGAGGGGGAGAAUGCCAACCCUGAUUCCCCGGACCAAGCGGAAAGGCCCCGAGCGCGGGGCCGGGGCCGGAGGCGACGGGCAACCAAACUGCAGCAGCUGCAGAGCGGAGGGCAGCAGCAGCUGCCGAGCGGAGGGCAGCAGCAGCUGCAGAGCGGAGGGCAGCAGCAGCUGCCGAGCGGAGGGCAGCAGCAGCUGCAGAGCGGAGGGCAGCAGCAGCUGCCGAGCGGAGGGCAGCAGCAGCUGCAGAGCGGAGGGCAGCAGCAGCUGCCGAGCGGAGGGCAGCAGCAGCUGCAGAGCGGAGGGCAGCAGCAGCUGCCGAGCGGAGGGCAGCAGCAGCUGCCGAGCGGAGGGCAGCAGCAGCUGCAGAGCGGAGGGCAGCAGGAGCUGCAGAGCGGAGGGCAGCAGGAGCUGCAGAGCGGAGGGCAGCAGGAGCUGCAGAGCGGAGGGCAGCAGGUGCUGCAGAGCGGAGGGCAGCAGGAGCAGCAGAGCGGAGGGCAACAGCAGCUGCCGAGCGGAGGGCAGCAGCAGCUGCAGAGCGGAGGGCAGCAGGAGCUGCCGAGCGGAGGGCAGCGGCAGCUGCCGAGUGGAGGGCAGCGGCAGCUGCAGAGCGGAGGGCAGCAGGAGCUGCAGAGCGAAGGGCAGCAGGAGCUGCAGAGCGGAGGGCAGCAGCAGCUGCAGAGCGGAGGGCAGCAGCAGCUGCAGAGCGGAGGGCAGCAGCAGCUGCCGAGCGGAGGGCAGCGGGAGCUGCAGAGCGGAGGGCAGCAGCAGCUGCGGAGCGGAGGGCAGCAAGAGCCGAGCGGAGGGCAGCAGCAGCUGCCGAGUGGAGGGCAGCAGCAGCUGCAGAGCGGAGGGCAGCAGCAGCUGCCGAGCGGAGGGCAGCAGCAGCUGCAGAGCGGAGGGCAGCAGCAGCUGCCGAGCGGAGGGCAGCAGCAGCUGCAGAGCGGAGGGCAGCAGCAGCUGCCGAGCGGAGGGCAGCAGCAGCUGCCGAGCGGAGGGCAGCAGCAGCUGCAGAGCGGAGGGCAGCAGGAGCUGCAGAGCGGAGGGCAGCAGGAGCUGCAGAGCGGAGGGCAGCAGGAGCUGCAGAGCGGAGGGCAGCAGGAGCUGCAGAGCGGAGGGCAACAGCAGCUGCCGAGCGGAGGGCAGCAGCAGCUGCAGAGCGGAGGGCAGCAGGAGCUGCCGAGCGGAGGGCAGCGGCAGCUGCCGAGUGGAGGGCAGCGGCAGCUGCAGAGCGGAGGGCAGCAGGAGCUGCAGAGCGAAGGGCAGCAGGAGCUGCAGAGCGGAGGGCAGCAGCAGCUGCAGAGCGGAGGGCAGCAGCAGCUGCAGAGCGGAGGGCAGCAGCAGCUGCCGAGCGGAGGGCAGCGGGAGCUGCAGAGCGGAGGGCAGCAGCAGCUGCAGAGCGGAGGGCAGCAAGAGCCGGUUUGGGUGUUGGAUGUGGAGAUGGCGGACGAGGCUUGCACCGAUGAGCUGGAAUCAAGCCCCAUGGAGGGGGAGAAUGCCAACCCUGAUUCCCCGGACCAAGCGGAAAGGCCCCGAGCGCGGGGCCGGGGCCGGAGGCGACGGGCAACCAAACUGCAGCAGCUGCAGAGCGGAGGGCAGCAGCAGCUGCCGAGCGGAGAGCAGCAGCAGCUGCAGAGCGGAGGGCAGCAGCAGUUGCCGAGCGGAGGGCAGCUGCAGCUGCAGAGCGGAGGGCAGCAGCAGCUGCCGAGCGGAGGGCAGCAGCAGCUGCAGAGCGGAGGGCACCAGCUGCCGAGCGGAGGGCAGCAGCAGCUGCAGAGCGGAGGGCAGCAGCAGCUGCAGAGCGGAGGGCAGCAGGAGCUGCAGAGCGGAGGGCAGCAGCAGCUGCAGAGCGGAGGGCAGCAGCAGCUGCAGAGCGGAGGGCAGCAGCAGCUGCCGAGCGGAGGGCAGCGGGAGCUGCAGAGCGGAGGGCAGCAGCAGCUGCAGAGCGGAGGGCAGCAGCAGCUGCAGAGCGGAGGGCAGCAGCAGCUGCAGAGCGGAGGGCAGCAGCAGCUGCAGAGCGGAGGGCAGCAGCAGCUGCAGAGCGGAGGGCAGCAGCUGCAGAGCGGAGGGCAGCAGGAGCUGCAGAGCGGAGGGCAACGGCAAUUGCAGAGCGAAGGGCAGCAGCAGUUGCAGAGCGGAGGGCAGCAGCAGCUGCAGUGCGGAGGGAUGGAGCUUGCAAGGCCGUUAGAGGGGGGCAUGGAGACGGAGUCUAGCAGGAGGGUCUUGCCGGCGUGUUCGAGUGGAGAGGAGCACCCAGACCCUACAUUGACACCCCCGCCCCGCAUUCCGGAGAAUCAUGCGUCGUAUCCCACAGCGCGCUAG